CGAUCGUGUUCCGGUGGCUGCAGGUGAAUCGGCAUCUGAAUGCACGCUUGGACCAUGCGUGGUUAGUCAGGGCAGCUAGCAGCUGCAACGCCGUAGCGACAGGACGCGCUAAGGAGCAACGGGCAGCCUUGUUUGAGCGGGUGGAUCAGCCGCACACUCCUUGACCAUGCUGCACGUCACAUAGGCAUGAGCGGAGUCUCGGUGCCUGACCCUAUGGUCGGCGGGGCGGAGACUCAGGCUCAGACGGAUGAGAAGCGAACAAUGCACGAAGGUGGGGGUAAACACUUGAGGGCGGGAGACGGCGGGGAAGGUUCAUUGGUGCAGGACAGACAGGAUGGUAAGCAGAUUCGCGACGAGCAGAGCAGUCAGCAGGAAAUACAACGCGCCGUGAGUGUCAGUGAAGCAGCACUGAACAACCACCAUGCCAUCGCGCAGAAUAUCCAGGCCAGCAGCGCAGCAUUACCCUCCAUCAACACGGCUCUGGCUCCCGCUCACGCUUCCCUGCCGCAUAGAAGUCCGUACCACCUCUCGCCGCCAUCCGCAGGACUACGCCUCCAACCCAUCCAUGACGCGCGAAGGUCGUCGAUAGACGACAGUCCGUCAGAUGUGGUACUUCAAAAGCUGCAAAAGUAUCCGACGAUAUACGAGACGUCUGCGACUAAUGAGUUUCCGCUCGGUCAAAACCUUACCUCUCCUAUCCAAAUUCCAGGCUUCGGCUCGGCUUUGCGAAGUACCCUUUCGACGGCGAGUCUGACUUCGUCCGUGUCCAGUAGCACGCUACCAUCACCGUAUCUGGCGGCCAUGACCGAUCUUACACCUCUUCCUUCUCCGCUCGGAGGUGUCGACUUUCCGGGACCUAAUUGGCGAAGAGCAUUGGCCGGUGCACGAUCGCGCCAGAGCUCUUUGACAGACGACUCGACUCCCAUAAGCGGUAGGCCAUCAAGCCUGCCGACUUCGCCAGAAUCACCUCCAGGGAAACGCAAAAAGCCGUACGGCAACCUUGCGCAAGAGGCUGUGUUCGCGAACGCAGUGGCUGCUCAGGACCACCAGCAACAAGUGAGCGUAUUCACAACACGUCAUGGGCGAAACCGCAGCAUUUCCGAUUUCGUCCCGGAAGCACUACACAAUUUACGACCGCGACACGUGACAUUUGGACCGGGCGAUGUCGCCACCCUCGAAGCGCAGGAAUAUCGCAUGCAUCGCGAAGAGUAUCUUGCCGCCCAACGAGGUUUAAUUGCGGCAGACUGCGCGGAGAAGCGACUACCUACGCCGCCACCUAGUACGGGCAGCAUAGCUGAAAGCGACGAAGCUGACGACGAGCGACCAUAUCUCGAAGACGGCACCGAGACCGAAUACCUCGAGAUUCACUGCGGCAUUCAUAACAAACGAAGGAAAUUCAGGCAGUUACGACAGCUCGGCCAAGGCACUUUCUCCACAGUCAUGCUCGCGACUACAGAGCGGGUACCAGCUCAUCCCACGCCGGAGAUUGAGGAUAUGCUUGACCCGCAUAAGCUGGUGGCCGUGAAGGUUGUCGGCUACGGCCCAGCUGGUGGCGCGGACGAAGAGCGGAUCGAGACGAGUCUUAAGCGCGAAGUGGAGAUGCUCAAAUGCGUCUCUCACCCUUCGCUCAUACAUCUCAAGGCAUGCGAAUACCAGUCGACGCGAGCGUUGCUGGUCUUGACAUACUGUCCGGGUGGCGAUCUGUUCGAGCUAGCGAGUCAAAAGCGGGAAUUUCUGACUCCGCCUAUGGUCCAGCGGAUGUUCGCAGAGCUUGUCGGUGCUGUACGCUAUUUGCAUACCCACUGGAUCGUGCAUCGGGACAUCAAGUUGGAAAAUGUACUUGUCAACAUGCCGACACCCGCGCUGCAGGAGAUAGACGAUCCGUUGACUUUCCCGACACCGAUAGUGACCCUUACCGAUCUCGGACUAAGCAGACGCGUACCACAGCCACCGGAGAGCCCGUUGCUCAGCACACGCUGCGGAAGCGAAGAUUACGCUGCUCCGGAGAUCUUGCUUGGCCAACCGUAUGAUGGCCGGCAGACCGAUGCAUGGGCGUUGGGUGUGUUGCUGUACGCGCUGAUGGAAGGUCGACUGCCGUUCGACGCUCCGCCGGGCAAGCCCGAUCGAAGCCGAAAUACGCACCGAAUCGCGCGCUGUGACUGGAUCUGGUGCCGAUUUGGCGAUGAGGACGGCGAGUGGGAUAGCACGCAUGCGCAAGGAUUCGAAGGCGCGAGACCCUGUGUCGAAGGGCUGCUGAAGAAGGUACGAAUGGGGAGGAAGCCGCUGGAAGACAUCGAGAAGAUGCCGUACGUGCAUGAAGGAAUCCGGGUGGAAGGUGGGCUGCAGAUGCGGGAGAGUGAAGAUGAUGACAUGCUGUAACCGGGGCUUCGGUGGUUUUACGGGUAAGUGAUUAGAUGCUAUUUGAGCGAAUCGGUGCUGUCGGGGCAGGCGAUCUGGCGGACUUUGUACGAGAUACCACGGGCCGCGCAUUUGGAUAGGUACGCAAUAGUCACACUGAGGGAGUGUGAGUGACUGAUACGCGCAACCAACGGUGCGGGUGGCGGGUGACUUUGUUCGGUGCAAGCUUCUGGAAUACCCUUUGUCUUGCUCUCGUAGAUCUCCCCGACUCCGCAUCAACGUAUAUCCUUGUAUACCUGCCGUUCGUCUUCAGGCGUC